AUGGACGCUGAGAAAGAGUCGGCAUUCCACGCGGAGAAUGAGACCGAGAACCAACUCGCCCAUCUAGUCAAUCAGGAAGACCAUGAAACCAGCAAGUUACAGGCUAUCAAGAAGAACCCUUGGGUUUUCGGCUGGUGUCUUUACGCUGUGUGGACAGUCAUCCUAGUUAGUUUUGAGAACCAGGCGUCCGGCAACAUCCUCGGAAUUCCGGAAUUUCGAAAAGACUUUGGCUCUUACUUCGAUGGCUCGUAUGUUUUGUCUGCGGAAUGGCAGUCAGUGUUUAGUGGUGCUCCGGUUGCAUCACAAAUCGUGGGCGCUUUGAUCUGUGGUCAAUUGUCGGACUUGAUCGGCCGGAAGAAAACUGUCAUCAUCGCUCUAGCUGUAUCAUUUGCUGCUAUCAGCCUGGAGUUUGUUGCUACGACCAAUGCGUUAUUCUUCGGUGGCAAGUUCCUGAAUGGGUUUGCUGUCGGCACCCUACAAGCUGUGACAGGCACUUACGUGGGAGAGAUCGUUCCUCUUCCCCUCCGUGGCUUGAUGACAUGUUUGAUUGCCCUCUCCUACACACUCGGGCCAUUCUGCGUCGCCUUGAUCGUCAACAGCACUGGAAAUUAUACAAACCGCUGGGCCUAUCGAGCAGUAUUUUGCUCUCAGUAUGGAUUUGCUGUCAUCGCAGCUGUUUUUGUGUGGUUUAUGCCUGAAUCCCCCUGGUGGUUAGUCAGCAAAGGAAAGGAAGAUCAAGCACUACACAGUCUUCAUCGCCUCGGCUACAGUGCUUCAUCGGGUGAAGAUGCCAAACGUCUUUCGAACAUCAAGGUUACCUUGGAAGAAAUCCGCCAAGAGACCGAAGGAGUAACAUACCUCGAGUGCUUCCGAGCAUCAAAUCUUCGACGUACUAUUAUUUCGAUCGCACCUCUUUCGGUACAGCAGUUCACGGGCAUCGUUUUCGCGGCCUCCUACUCAACUUAUUACGCUGAACUUGCCGGAUAUAGUACCGAGGCUGCAUUUAAACUUCAAAUCGUGCAGCAGGUUCUCUCCAUGAUUGGAAAUGUGAUUUCGUGGUACUUGAUUGAUAAGGUCGGCCGUCGCGGAUUGACUGUAUACGGCACUGCCGGCCUGACUGUUAUCCUCUGGGUCAUGGGUGGUCUUGCUGUUGGCGGCUCCCCAGGACAGCUCAAGGGUACAGUGGCCAUGAUUCUUCUCUAUUGCUUCUUUUACAACGUCACCAUUGGCGCAACUGCAUACACGGUCUUGACAGAAGUUUCUACUGCCCGUCUACGCGUCAAGACCAUUGCCCUUGGUCUUGCGCUUCAAUCUUGCUUUGGUCUCAUGUGGAGCUUUGUCUUGCCUUACUUGUUUAACCCAGACAAGGCAAAUCUUGGUGGAAAAGUUGGUUUCAUCUUCGGUGGCUUGUCUUUCCCUUGUAUUGCUUUCCUGUGGUGGUUCCAGCCUGAGACCAAGGGCCGUUCAUAUGAGGAGUUGGAUGAAAUGUUCACCAAGCGUAUCCCGGCUCGUGAGUUUGCAAAUUAUCAUCCAGAUGUUCAACGACGAGGUGAAGAGGUCAAGGCCGAGAUUUAUCAGUCUUAG